AUGGAUGAUUUUCAAUACUAUCACGAUUUAAUCCUUUCAUCUAAAUGCAAAAUAUGUGGUAAAGCGUUUACAUAUGCAAAUAAACCAACAUUAGAUAGAAUAGAUAAUGAAAAACCACAUACUAAAGAAAAUUGUCAGUUAAUGUGUUGUUAUUGCAAUGUCGUAAAAUCAAAUAAAGAUGAAGAUGUUCAACGUUUAAGAAUCAAUUUAAGAAAUUAUGCAUUAAAAAAUAAUUUACCAAUGACUUUAGAUUCAGUUGAAGCCUAUCACAUUCUCCGUAAUGGAAUUACUGGUGGUCUAUCAAAUGUUCAACAUAGAGUAAAUCUUAAAGGAAUCACGCACAUUAAUAAACUUUCAUAUAAUCCAGAAACUAAAACUGUAUCAAAUGAGGACACCACCAACAUUAUGACUCAUUUCGUUGGUGUUGAUUUUAAUUCAUUAUAUCCUUCAUCAUUUUCAUCUAAUCCUCAUGAUUUCAUUCAAUAUACUGACCAUAAAAUGUAUAUGCCGGGAAGAUUGAAUGGUGUUAUCAUUUGUGAUACAGCAGCAAAGAAAGCAAAAGCACUGGGAAUAAUUAAGAAGAAAAAUACUUUAUUCGUGGCUGAAGUAAAGGGUCACAUUGAUGAAAAAUACAUUAAUGAUUACAUAAACUUUUUACCGAUAAUAAGAAACUUAGAUAUUAUCACAGAUGAAAAAACAAUUGGCAGUUUUAUGUAUAAUUACAUGAAAUCAAACAAUUUACCAGUUGACCAGAAACAGAGGAAAUUAACUCAGUUAGCAUCAACACACAACCAAUAUCAACCAUUUUCUUCUUAUUAUCUAUGGUAUCUAAUCGACAGGUUUAAUUUUAUCAUUGAUGACAUUCAAUCAAUUUUAACAUUUACUAAAAACACUUGUUUUAAUGAAUUUGCGAACGAAUUUAUGAACGAAAGACAAAAGGCUGAAUUAGAAGGAAAUAAAGGAAAAAGUUUAUUUUGCAGGAUUUCACUUAAUGGAUCAUAUGGUUACGAUGCAAUGAAUACACAAAAUUACGCAAAGACUAAAAUAAUGAAUGCACAGAAGGCACGCGUUGCAUGUAUGUCAAAUAAGUUUAAAAACAUAAGAGAAAUAGGUGAAGAUACAUAUCAAGUGAUGCUUAAAGAUAGAUUUUAUAGAUGUGAUACAUGUUUACAAGAGGCAUUCUUCACUUUAGAUAAUGCUAAAUACUGGUAUUUGGUUUUCAUGUAUGAUUUUAUGUAUAAAUGCAUGAAUGUUAAUCGUUUUCAUUUCAUUGAAGGUGAUACUGAUUCAUCUUAUUGGGCAAUCGCUGGCGACCCAAAUCUUCCUAACACUCAAGCAUUUCAAGCAAUUGUAACCGAUAAACAAUUUUAUGAUAAAAACAUUUUCAAAUUCGCACCAUUUGAUUUCUUCU